AUAAUGGUAAGCUAUAUAAUGAUGAACCAUAUUAUGAUGAGCUAUAUUAUGAUGAGCCAGAUGGUGAUGAAAUUGAUAGUGAUGAAAUGGAUUAUGAGCCAGAUGGUGAUAAAAUAGAUUAUGAGCUGAAUGAUAGCAAAUUAGAAUAUUUGGACAAAAAUAUUAUGGACGUAGAUGGCUAUGAUAUUAUGGACGUAGAUAGUUAUGAAGAAACGCAAGCAAUCAAAAUUGAUUAA